UUCUGUAUUUGAUCAAACAAUUUCAUCAUGCAUCAUUUGUCAUCUGUGUCUGCAAUGUGGACAGAAAUGACAAAGACACCUCAUUAGCCUAUAUCGUGACACUCUCCCCACUGCAUGCAGACACGGCCCGGCCCGGCCAGGCAUUGAUAUGUCAGGCAUUGGUGAGAUUCAACGCCUGGCAUUGCAUGCAGACACGGCCCGUCCGCGCACCACCCCCCAAACGAUGGUAAGAUUCCAUCGUUCUCCAAAAGAAUCUCUGUAGACCAUAAUGAACAUAUAGUUUCGGAGGAUAUUUCGGGAAGAUCGGGUCAAAACCAGCAUCUCCAACUACUGCUUUCUCAGACACCGUUUCCUCCCCGCAAAACACCACCAAAUGCCUCUUCCUUAAUUACCUCUUCUCCGCGUUCGCUCUCGGCUCUUCUGUUUGGGCGUUGCGUAGAUAUGACGGCGCCCAACAUCGAAAUGAUUUCUGUUUUUCUUAGGAGUUGCGAUCUGGGGAGAGUCGGAGCGGCUCAUCUCGCGGAGGUGAGCGAUGAGAGCGCGGGGGAAGUCACGGUGGAGCUGAACUCGGAGACGGCGCUCCCUUGUCACUGGGAGCAGUGUCUAGACAUGCGGUCGGGGCAAGUCUACUACAUCAACCGGGAGACUGGGAUCAGGACGACCAAGGACCCAAGAACCGCCCUCGCCACCGCCGCCGCCGCUGCCUCCUAUUCGUCGAGCUACCAGUCCAAGCAAGACUCCUCCUUUGGCGACAGCUGCUCCGAAAUCGGCGGCAGCGACGACGACGAGGACAGCGUCGAUACCGCCAACUCCUGCCUCACCUCCCUCUCAUCCACCUCCUCCACAGAUACUGCAGCAGCGGCCGGCGGCAGCCAAAUCCUCGUUUCCGCCGGCUGCCGCUCCUGCUUCAUGUACUUCAUGAUCCCGAAGAGCGUCGACGCCUGCCCCAAGUGCGGCAGCGGCGGCUUCCUCAAACUUGGCCGCCACGGCUGCGUCUGA